AUGAGGAAGCAACCACAGUAUAAAAGUCUCAACUCCAUUCACUGCUGCAGACAACUCUGUGACUCAGGAUUCAAGAUGGCCUUGUAUCUCCUGCUGCUGAUGCUGACAGCAUGUGCUGCCGUUCCUCAAGAUCUGUCAGGUAAAAUGUUCACCUUCCCGCAACAAACUAACACAGCUCACGUGAGGCUGACAACAUCAAGACAGGGUCUGAAGGCUGUUACCGUCUGUCUCAGAUCCUUCACAGACCUCCGCAGAGAUCGCAGCCUUUUCUCUUUGGCCACACCUUCUAAAGACAAUGAGGUUUUGAUUUACAUGUAUGCUAAUGAUGAGAUUUACUUUUCAAUCAGAAAUAACGCUGUAGUGUUUGGAGGGCAGGACUACAAAGUGAACACGUGGCACUCAAUUUGUUCCACGUGGGAUUCAGCGACUGGACUAGCACAGGUGUGGGUAGAUGGAAAUCCCUCAAGCAGAAAAUCCCUCAGCACUGGAUCCCACAUCAGCGGCCCGAUUAAAAUUGUUUUAGGACAGGACCAGGAUUCCUAUGGUGGAGCCUUUGACAUUAAUCAGUCUUUCGUUGGCAUGGUGUCUGAUGUCCACAUGUGGGACCACGUCCUGUCCCCCUGUGAGAUCCAGAACUAUGCGUCUUAUGGAAACUCCCCCCCAGGAAACGUGCUCAACUGGAGAGAGCUGGAGUUCCAGACUGUCGGAAGAGUGCUGGUAGAAGAUGGACAGAAGAACUGUUUUUAA